AUGUCUUCCAGAGGAAAAAAUAUUGUUUUUCUAGCUUGCAAUGAACAAGUGAGCCAUGUUAUAGAUAAAAAUAGGGUCACUUGUGAAAAAUCUAUGAACAAUAAUGAAAACUUGUUAUGUGGAAACAUCAGUGAAAAUAUGUGUGAAACAUCAAGUGCAGGUAAUGAUUUGGCUCAUGAAAGUUCCAUUGAUGACUCAAAAUUGCAAAGUACAUCCACCAAAAUCGUGUCUCACCGAAUGUUGAAUGAAGACAGCAAUUAUCCAUCCCGAGAUUCGGACUCUGAUACACCUAAUGCUACAAAAAACGUUGGAAAUGAUACUGCUCAAAUAUAUGGGACAACCUCAUCGAGAGAAAGAACAAGUGAAUUAAAUCAGUUUUUGUCGAAUGAAGACAAAGAUGACUCAGUACAAGAUCCUGAUUAUAGUUUAAGUAAUACUUCGGAGUCAGAAAAAGAGGAGGAAAAUGAUAAUAGAAAAAACAAACAGCUAACAAGAUGGAGAAGGAGUCAUCCUAGUGAUUGGAAACGCAAUAUAGCGAAAAAGAGAAGAAGUGAUGGUUUGAAUUAUGAGAUUAAUAAGAAGCAAAGACCGCCUAAAAAACCCCGAGCGGUCAAUUGUGAAAAAUGUCGUUUCAAAUGUCAGACUAAAUUUUCAGAUGCCGAAAGGGAAGCUAUCUGUUCACUAUAUUGGAGAAUGAACAACUUUAAGAGACAAAAAGAUUUCCUUCUUUCCAAUAUUACAAGCAUUACUCCAGAGAGGAGGAGACAACGAAAUGGAAAUAGAGGCCCCAGAAGUAAUUCUAAGCAGUACUACUUCGAAAAAGACAGAAACAAAAUGAGAAUAUGUCAAGCUUUUUUUCUAAAAACGCUCAAUAUAAGUGGUGAUGUUGUUAAAAAUGCCUUCCAAAACAAAGGACCAGCUGGCACCUAUAUCGGAGAAGAUAAACGUGGAAAAUCUGUACCAGGAAAUAAAACCGCUCCUGAGCUAGUUGCUGCUGUUAAGGAACACAUAGAGAGCUUUCCAACAGUAAGAUCACACUAUUCCCGCAAAACUACGAAGAAAGAUUACCUGGACAGUAAAUUAUCCAUAUCAAAGAUGUACAGUCUCUACAAAGAAAAAUGUGAAUCAGAAGAGAAACAAUUCGUGACAUUUAUAACCUAUACAAGAAUUUUUGGAGAGCACUAUAACUUAUCGUUUUUCAAACCUAAAAAAGAUUUAUGUCCAAUCUGUGAGAGGCAUAAAACAGCUGAAAAUGAGGCAAACAAUAAUGAGAUUUAUGAGAGUCAUGUGAUGCGAAAAAAAGAUUGCUACAUAGCUAAAAACAAGGACAAAGUACGAGCUACUAAUGAUGAAAGUUUUGUCUCUUCAACUUUCGAUUUGCAGUCAGUACUUCAAAUUCCCUGCUCGGAUGUAAGCCCUAUGUACUACUCGAGAAAAAUUUGCGUGUACAACCUUACAAUUUACAAUUCAGCCCCACCGAAUGAUGCCUAUUGUUAUUGCUGGUCGGAAUUGAAUGGGAAAAGAGGCAGUUCCGAAAUAGGUUCGUGUUUAUAUUUAUACCUGAUGAAUUUGCCUCCACAUGUGAAGGAAGUGUCAAUGUGGUCUGACACAUGUGGAGGACAAAAUCGGAAUCAGCAUGUUGCAGCUCUGCUUCUCUAUAUGGUACAGUUUUCAAAGCUUGACACUAUUCAGCACAACUUUUUGGAAAGUGGACAUUCCUAUAUGGAAGCGGAUUCCAUGCAUAUUUCUAUUGAACAUGCCAAACGAUUUGUACCAGUUUAUACAAUAAAUGACUGGCUCAAUAUAUUCAGACUGGCCAGAUCAAAAAGGAAUAAAAACAAGAAAAGUGAGCCCUACAACGUACAAGAAUUAAAGUUCACAGACUUUUACGAUUUGAAAGCAUUGUCGGAAGUUUUGAUCAGAAACAAAACUAAAGACACCGAAGGACACACUGUUAACUGGUUACUUAUCAAGAGCUUAAAGUAUUCAAGAGAAAAUCCAGGAGUUAUCGAAUACAAAUACGUACACGAUGGCCCCUACAAAUUCAUCAAUGUUUUUGGAAAUGGAAAAAGGCCGACAUAUCCUAAGCAGCUGAAAAAUUUAUACACUAAACAAUUGCCAAUAAGUUUGAAAACACAACAAGAUCUCCUCAAAUUAUGCAGGAGUCAAUCAAUUCCUGUCGAAUUCCAUGGGUGGUAUAAAUCAUUACCUACCUCAAAAAAUGCGCUAGAUCGAUCUGCUGAGCCAUGUGUGGAUGAUAGUGAAGAAGAAGACAUCAGUGACUCUGAUGAUGAACUGCCAUUGGUACACUUAGUCCAUAAAAAUUAA